AUGUCCCACGUGUGUGGCGAACUGCGUUAUGACCAAAAAAAGCUGGCAGGCAGUCAUGGACGCAAGAACGUCCCUCCGGCCGUUUUUCAAACAAUUCCGAUUGGUCCCCAGCUUCAAGCGUUGUGGCUUGAACGAGGUAGUGCAGGGACCGAUGUAUUGGACGAUGUUGCAAAUGAGAUGACGAGGCAUCACCCAGUUCUAGCACUUUGCAGCAAUGGAUGGAAGGUCCAGGCUAUCGCUACUGAACGUUAUCCCUCGUGGGAGUCAACACACAUCAAGAAGAGGAAGAAGUCUUCAUAUGUCAAUUCAGUGUCCUCUGGUACCAAGCGAAAAAUUACGAAAUUCAGUAAUGCACCAUCUGAUUCGGAGCCACCUGCUGACCUGAGAUCUCCAACCCCCUCCAAGGAUUCCGAUCACUGA